UCCACGCCCACUCUCCCCCACGCCCACUUUUCCGCUCUUUAUAUUUCCUCUCCCACCACGCCCACGUUUAACAACCUUCAAUGCAUUCUUGUUGGUUUUUCUUCUUAUAUGCCUAAGGGAAUUUGGGGUGAUUUCAACGCAUUCAAAAUAGUUAUCUGAGGAUCGUAUUAUUGCGUCCGUGUCGCCUGUAGGCCGCCCGUGUCGCCAGUGCCACCGGCCGCCCGUGUCGCCAGUGCCACCGGCCGCCCGUGCCACCAGUGCCACCGGCCGCCCGUGCCACCAGUGCCACCGGCCGCCCGUGUGGGCACCACAGAGGGCGUGACGUGACUGUGACGUCAGGUGAAGGCCAUCUCCCGGGGGUGGAGCAGCCACAGCGUUACGCGUAGUGUGGCACUAGAGCGGCACACGCCUGGCCAGUCACACGCCACCCACCACCCGCGCCACACACCUGCCCCCCCAUCCCCACGCCGCCCACGCCACCCACCGUACUCGAGGCGCGUGCAGGACCUCCCACGCCCACCUCGUACAAGUGUCAUGAAAGUUGCGGACGCGUGUGUACCUGAAAAUUUGGCUAACUAUGUACAGCAGUUACGAUGAGAAGCGGCGGCACUGCUCAGGACUCUGUAAGGGUGUGAUCGAGUCAUUAGUGCCUCUUCUCGCUCAGACAACUCUUCUCCCAUAAGGAGAAAAAACACAGUUUUCAUUUAUAUAAAAGCCCGAAAUAUCGUUCUCGAGUUUCAAAAGUGGUUCUUGAUAUAUGUUGGAGUGCAAAGUGCUAGACACAAUAGUUAUGAUGAACUAUGUGAGGACAGUGUUGUUGCUGGUGGUGGUGGGGACGCUGGGAGCCUCUGAGGUCUCCGACCACCUCCCAGCCUCCAGCGGAGACUCUCUCGAGGAAAAGAUACCGUCUCAAGGAAGCGACAUCCUCUCUCGGUUUACCAGACAAGCUGAAAGAGACCCAUAUAUCUUCAACCUGUUCGAGGUGCUACUGACCACGCUGGAGACCAAGCUGAGGAGAGUGGAGAAUAUGGACCGCGCCCUCGAGCGUCUAGUCCGUCGGCUGGACACUGUGGAGUCCCGCCUCGACAUUAACCUCAAUACCACCACGCAGAUGGUUCGCUUACUGGAGACGAGGUUGAUAGACCCCAACUCGUACAGGAGCAGCACAGCCAGUGAUGGCAGCACCGGCAGGACAUCGUCAGAAGAGCGGAAUAGUAUUAACAGCUUGAUGGAACAACGGCUGUAUCUUCUGACGGAGCACGUGGCCAGAAUCGACAACAAACUGUCGAGCGUGCAGAAGUCGCUCGACACCAACAGCAUCGUGGUGCCUCAGGACGAACUGGUGGCGGCAGCCUCGGAGAGUUACCGUGUGGGUGUUGACAUUCCUAGAGUCCAGGCCCUCGAUAAGGUCCCAGCCCUUGGUCAGCUACAAGAGUCCAUAGAGUCGGUGCGGGACUCCGUGACAGCGAUGGACCGGCGCCUGCAGUUCCAUAUGGCUUACGUGUCCGGAGACCUGGAGCAGCUGGCGGGCUCUGUCAGGACCAUUCACACUGCCAUACUGGAGGAUCAGAAUCCCCCAGUUGACACCACCACGGAGGCUCCCAGGAACGUGACGCGGGUGGCUCCCCGUACAAAGAUCGACUCGCUGGUUGACCGGAUGUCACCCAUGGAGACUGUUUGGGAGAAGAUGGAGGAAGUGUGGGACGUGGUGGUGGGCACCAAGAGCUCGGUGGACGUGCUGGUGCCCAAGAGUGAGGCUCUACUUAACACCAGCCAGCGGCAGGAGCGGGCUAUCUCCACCAUCCAGUCAGACCUCACCGAGAAGGCCAACCGUAUCAUCCAGAACCUUGACCAGGUGGAGCAGACGUUGAAGACGAUGCCGCGAGAAGGCCAUAUGCAUCGGGACCACAUCAACCCCGUCACCCUUCUCCACCGCUCCACCAACACCCACCAGGUACAGGACGACACCCCCGUCGACGACCCCCCGGGCGAUCUCGUGGACCAGAGCUUCCUGACGGAACACAACACCAGUGACAUGGUAACGACGACGGAGCGACCGUCCACUCGGAGCCAGGUAGGACCCUCAGGCGUGGUCUUCCCAUCCGUCCAGAAGAAACCCGUCACCAUCAACAGCACCUUUGUCAUAAACGAUAUGAAUGAGCAAAGCAUUAAGCAAGGGUUCUCCUGUAAUGACAUGAGAGAUAAGGGCAUGAGAGAGAGCGGCUCCUACUAUCUCAAGAUCAGGGGCACUACUUAUUGGUUCCUCAGGGUCUUCUGUGAUAUGGACACGGCUGGAGGAGGUUGGACAGUGAUUCAGCGACGCGACGACUAUGGCGAGCCCCGUGAGACUUUCAACCGAGAGUGGAAUGACUACAAGCAUGGAUUUGGCAAUCCUGAAGCAGAAUUCUGGCUCGGCAACGAGAACAUCUACAUGCUCACCAACACUGACAACUACAUGCUCAGGGUCGAGCUCGAAGACUUUGAUGGCAACAGAAGGUACGCCGAAUACUCAACCUUUAAGUUACACAGCGAGAAGGACAACUACAAGCUAGAGAUCGGUGGGUACUCUGGCAAUGCUGGAGACUCGCUCAACGACCCUUGGUAUGGCUCCAACCUCAGCCCCUUCUCUACUGUCAACAGAGACAAUGACCGUUCCAGUCUUAACUGCGCUUCUAUGCUGAAGGGCGGCUGGUGGUGGCGCUCUUGCGGUAGAGGAUUAAAUGGUAUCUACCUCACAGACCCCAAUGACCUCACAGCAAGACAAGGUAUCGUGUGGUUCCGGUGGAGGGGAUGGGAUUAUACGCUAAAGAAGUCCGUCCUUAUGAUUAGACCUAAAAGCAAGGAGGGAAAAACUACCUAGUGACAGUUGAUGCUAGAAGAAAGAAAACGGAGAGACCAAAUCAAGGGCAGAAGACACUGCAAGAAAAGAUUAACUAAUUAUUACUUCUUUUAAGUGCUGUGAAUGUGAAGUAGAAAACUAGUAAUGGAUACGUUUGUCAAAUAUCAAUGAUUUUGGGGGACCAUUUCUCCAUGACUGGGGUGAUUGUAAGCAGAGACUUUUGACAUUUUGUGAUUGCCGCGUCAUCUGCUCCACUGGGUAUAAACAAAAAUACAAAAAUAUAUAUAUAUAUAUAAAUAGGGUGAUGGUUGGUGCUGGGAAUGUUCAUUGGCUUGUUCAUGAAGAGAAGUGUUACACUCAAAAACCUCAAACCAAAACGUUAUAUUGGACUGAUGACUAUUGAAAUUGCUCUCUCCAUUCGCUUUUGCCAAGCAUUAUAAAUCACUACGAGUACUUUAAGAAAGAAAGCUAUGUAUAUAUUUUGAUAGUUAAGUGCAAUACUAAGAUUCUUUCUAAAAAUACUAUAUUUUUUAAGAUAGGCAGAGAAUAGUUAUAUAGCUUUACCUCCUACUUUAUAAAGAAGAAUACUGGUUUUGGAUUAAGUGCUUUAAAGAACAUGUCGGAGUCAUCUUUCUUCACCUUGUCUGUCUACCCUGAGAAGAGGGAUUCUGGGCGUGUGUCCAGGGUCUUGUCCACUCGUCAGUAGACUGGGAACAAACUUCUUGUUUCCUCAAGGUGGAAGGGGUUUGACUCCUGUAUGUUGUAUCAAGUAUUACGGGACCUGCUCUGUUGUGUGUCUGUAUGUAGUCUCCUGCAUAUAUCUUCACUUAGAUAUUAGUUAGUGUAGAAUUAUUUAUUUUUGGGUAUCUCUGUUCGAAAAAUCUUUUAAGUGUUCUUGUUCUGCUGGCCGGGCUCCCCCUCCCCCUUAACACACACACACACACACACACACACACACACACACACACACACACACACACACACACACACACAUUAUGGUAGUCCUCCCCAACUAGUUGAGAGACGGGACCAAAGAGCUGAAGCUCAACCCCUGCAAGCACAACUAGGCAAGUACCCACACACAUACAUAUCGACAUGCUUUUGAGGCCAAAGCCUCAAAAGGUGAGUGUGAACAGAGGAGAGAGAUAAUUAUCGAGUAAACAACUGAGAGCAAGACAUGACUACAAGACACAUAAGCAUAGAUAAGUUGUGAUAAUGUAGUGUGUCCUUAGAUACAAUUAUGCAUCAGAUAUGAACAUACUACCAAGGUAUAAUCAAGUGGCAAUUAGCAUCUACCAUGCAACUAUCAGAAUAGGAUUUACAAGAGAUACAAAACAAUCACGUGUGUUCGCAAAAGUGCUAUGCAUUGUUCCUCGGUGAAUUAAGCCAUCUGGUGAUGUGAACGACAAUUGAGAGGCACACAGUAAUAAUACUCCUGUAUGGUGCUAUGUAUCACUACCAGAACCCCUUUUGAGUAGUAUCUUGUGCAGUAUGUAACCCUCCCUCCCUCUAUAACUUAGCCUUCAAAGUUCCAUAAUAUAUCCUGAAGCCCUGCCUAACAUAUCGUCAAGUCACCUGUAACAUGAUAUACUUCAGCUCCCAAGUAGCAGUGUUUCCCCCCUAUGACAUGAAAUCCAUUUUUCCCACCCUGUCCCCUCCAUAAUAUGAUAUCCUCUAGGUCUCUUUCCCCCUCCCCCCACUCAGUAACAUAAUAUCCUCCUGUACCCCUGUAACAAGAUAUUCUCCAAUUUCCCUCCAUAACAUAUCCUACAGCCCCCUUCAUAACAUAUCCUGUUUCCCUCCCAUAAGAUAUCCUAUGGACCCCCUCUCUCCGUAACACGAUAUCAACAACCCUCUGUAGCACGAUAGCCUCAAGUUGCCUUCCUACCAUCUGUGAUGUGAUCUCCGGUCAAUCAACUUGGACAAUUUGGCCAAACUUGUCUACCUGUCACCACACUGUCUUUGAUGGUACUUGUUUGUGUGUGUGUUCUCUCCACCUGCAAUAUGCAUACUGGCCUGAACAGUCUAUUUUCAUCUAUGCAUAAUUCGUGCAUGGAGUAUUGCAUGUAUUUGUAUGUGCCCGGUCUAUUGUUUGUACAGUAUAUGCCUCUUGUAUAUUAGUAUGUGCCUGGCAAUAUGCGCAGUGAACUUGUCUGGAUGAUGAUGUGUGUUUGGAAGGUGUUUAUAAUGCCAGCAGGUGACCAAUACAAUGCUUGCCACCGCUGGUCGGAUAGGGAGAUAGAGACUUCCUGAUUUAUAUAUUUAUAUAUCUUGCCUGUACUGUAUAUUUUUUGCUUGUGUAGUACAGCAUUGUAAUCCUUGUAUGUGCAGUAUCAUGUGUUCAAUGUUUUUUGUAAGGACAGUCUUCUUCUUUACAUUUAUAUUAUCUUCAUUCUCCAUGUGUAACUUUCCUAAAUAAAACAAGUUUAUUUUUUAGACAUGUUUCCUUGUUAUAUUUUGUUGAAAGGAUUAUCGGAAAGAAUAUGCCAAGGCCAGCUGAUAAGGGAUGGGCCUGCUAACUUAGAGGCUAUAUGUAAUUUUUAGGGUUUUAGCGAUGGCAACAGGAAUUUUAAGUAAAUGCAUUUUUCUAAGUGGUGGCUGUUUAAAGCGUGUGCUGAGCGCCUGCCAUUGUAUGCCAAGUGAUAGCUUUCAUGUGUUGGCCAGUUAUUUCAUAAUUAAUAUAAAUAAAAAUCAGGCAAACAAGGGUUUAGGGUGUGUUAAAAUAGCAAACAAUGAGUGUAUAAGUACAGCAUAUCAGAUAGGAAGAAAAAGAAUCUUCAAUAAGUAUUGUAAACAGCAUAAAGGUCUAUUGGUAUGUACUAGUAAAAUGUCUUUAGUAUAAUCAGAAUAUUUGUUUUGUGCAUGUAUGAGGAUAGUGUGUUAGGCCACUUAAAUUGGAGUUCACCACAGUGAUAUAACUGGCAAUGUUGGGCCAUUAAUCAGCUCAUUCUCUAGAGUAACAACUGACAAAACACGGGAUACUAAAACACACAAACCCAAACACCCGCCUAACCUACAAAUAGUGUGGAUGUUUGUGAGCCCACUAACAGUGAGGUCCACCGCCACACUGAUUAGACAGGCAGUGAUGGGCCACUAACAGUGUUGAUUUCCACACUGCAAUAUCAAAAGCACUGUCAACAUCAGAAAACAAAACCAAAAAAAAAAAAGAACAGCAA